CACGAUUUCGGCCAUGUGGAGAAUAUCGGGCUCCAGAGCCAUCCCGUUUUCGACUCUUGCCAUCCGAUCCGGGCCAAGGCCUCAAUACCUGACCGUUACGGUGGCCUUACGGAACACCGUCCUCACUUUCUGCUCAGUGCGGACAUGAACUCGAUAGAGUGGACCUUUCGGGGAUUAAACCGACAUCAUCCUUCGUACGGGACCAACAAAAACAAGAACUCGGUAAUGCGAUACUCUUUGCUCGUUUUCUUUCAGAAUCGCUGCAGUCGGUUCCACAAAGCUGCGAUCCGCCGCGAAGGAGGGCAAAGGCCGCCUUCGAUAUGGAUCCAGGAUGGGCAGGUUCAUGACCCAUGGGUCAAGUCGGGAGCAAGACACGACGUUGGAAUGGAGGCGACGGCCGAACCUCGGACGGCAGCGCUGUGCCUCUCUAUGCAAGGUACGAGAUCUCAAGCAUCAGCCUGCGGUCCUGCACUGGUCUUGACAAGACGGCAAACCGGCCUUGUUGCGCGGUGGAGGGAGCCGUCGGCGGGAUGUUGUUCAUGGAUGAUGGACCAUGGUUGUGGCUGUUUGAUCAUCCUGCCAGAAUGCGACGCACGCUACCCCGAGCUUUCUGAAACUCCAAGCCAGCAGAUGCCAGCUGCACGUCGCCUGCCUCACGCCUGA